UGUGACCACUGUGACUGGACUGAUACUGAUAGCACUAAGUACUAUUUUGUACAUGUCAGUUUCAGUCUCAGAGUGGUGAUAUAAAUCAAGUAAAGUUUUUGUCUUUAAUUAAAAUGGUUGUGAAAACCGUACCUUACAAAGUACUCACUCACAAGCAGAUUGUACUCAGCCUCUUCAAAAGAGCAAUGAGACAUUGUGAGGAGCACCACUAUAUGGAACCGCACCAUACUAGAUAUGCGCAAGUUCUGAUGAGAGCAAGAUUUGAUGAAAACAAGAAUGUCGCAGAUCCUGUAAAAGCCAAGCAGCUUGUGAAAGACGCGGAAGCUGAACUACAUGAAUAUGCGCAUCCUAUACCUAUAAUCUGGUUUGAUUCUCCUAAAGGAAUUGGUUAUGAGAGAUAUCUUCACUAUCCUGAUGCGGUCCUUGAUUAUUGGCAUCCACUUGAAAAAGCAAUGUAUCCUGAGUACUUUGCUCGUCGCGAGCAGAGGAAGAAGGAAUACAUCGAAUGGUACGACAAGAAAUACGGAAAGCCAACGGAGGAAGAGUUAGCUGGUUUCUAUUAAUAUUUGACUAUUUUCAUCAGUAGGCAUCCAGAGUAAGAGUAAAUUUUGCUCGGAUUUUUUCAACUAUUUGUGUUUCUUGGUUUAGUCUGACUCCUUGUUGAAUAAGCUGCUUGUCAACAGGUGCAAGUCCAUUAAGUUCUUGGUUUCAUAAUGAUGUACCACAUCCUUUCAAUGAAUUUCUGUGAAUCUGUGAAAAAUUCUAGCAGUGUUAAAGCAAAUAAAUGAAAUCCUCAAAAAUUACUUCACAAUUAAAUCGUACACUAACAACUGGAAACAGAGCAAUACAUCCACUCUUUCCUGCAAGAAAUCCAUGCAAUAAAAAGAAUAAUUGAUUGGCAAUUAACAGCUUUCACUCGCACCUUACCUCUGAUUUUUAAGAGUAGCCAUGUCAUGUGUUUGAUUUUAGUUGAAACGGAAAAUUUAAAUUAAUCUUAAAAGCUAUCAACAGCAUUUGGCUUUUGUUUUUCCCCCAUUUAUGACCUGUAAAUAUAUGAUAUUUCAUGUUGGCUUCAAACUGAACAGUAAAUAUCAAAAUAAAAUGUUUCAUAUGUUUGAGGUUGUCGUGAUAUUAUUUAUCUCAUAAAAAUUUCCAUCUAAAAAGUGAAAUAGUAAUGAGUUUCAGUAGUUCUAGUGUCUUCUUUUAUCAUUUCUGCAGUAGUUCACCAGAUAUUUCCCUCAACAUGGACUUCCAAAGUCCAUUCAUUACUUAUGGAAAUCUGCGAAUUUUUAUUUUCCUGGUUGAAAACAUCAAGUGCUCCUGUGGAUUCAAGAGAAGAAAAAGCUACUACCAUAUCACAAACUGUGACCAGUUUUAAUACUUCAUGUUUUGUAAGGCUGAGCAAAUCUUCUCAGAAUGUUUGAACCCGACGUCUGGCCAGGAUUCGGUUCAAUCUCAAAAAUUUAUCUGUGACCAGAUCUAUAAAAAGAGACCUCAUUUUCUGGGAGAAUAUUUUCGAUUCUUUUUUUCAAAUGCAUGGAGGAAGAUAUCAGGAAAUUUUGGAGCAAGUUUGACCCUGAAAGUUCAACUAUGGAGGGAAAUAUGAGUCUUGAAGUUCCAGGAUAAAAAUUAUUAGGUUGUAGAAGAAGGUGGUUUCAGUUUUGAAAAGUUUUGAGGUAAAUUUUCUCCCAGAGGAUAGAUUCCCGUCUGCAGUGAGAUCUGCCCAUAUUUUGUUAUUUAAACGCAGUAUUACGGCAUACUAGAAUUGAAAAGGUCUUGAGAGAAUUUGUAUUUCUGCAAAAAUGGUCAACUUCCCAAUCGCUUACAUGAGGUAGAUAUUUUUCACAGAAUGGGCUCCUCUUUUAGUUAGAACUAACUAAAAGAAGAGUUGUUUCCUAGGGUAGAUGACUUUAAAGUCAUGCUGCACGUUUGAGAAAGUUGGAAAACCAUUCAGAACAUUACACUCCGUCUAAAAAGUUUGCACGUUUUUGCGAUUUCAGCUUUGAAAAAGAUAUCACAGCGUAGGCAUAAUUUGUUACACAUAGGUCACAUGGUAUCACUGCUCCCUGGGGAAGCUAUUAAAAAUUCAAAAAUUGGGUAAUGAAAGGAGUCAAAACUAGUUGUCAAAAAUAGCUAUCUCAUAGCAAUAUACACAUUGAAAUUAAAUAGCUGUCUUGUAUUCAAAAAUCAAAUAUAAUUAUGUGUAGCAAGUUAGUAUUACACAUGUAGAUUAAAAUUACUGUUUAGUAGAAGUUUCAUAGCAAUAAAAAGGCAAUAAAUUGAA